CGCCGCCUCCCGCUCCAGCUCCGCGGCCCGGCCCGGCCGGCUCCCUCCUCCCUCCCCUGCAGCCUUCGCCUGCCCUCCCGCCGGCCUCACCGGGCUCCAGGGGGGCCAGAGGCUCUGCGGGGUGGGGGGAGGACAGGAGGGGAGGAGGAGGAAGGGGGGACCCCCGAGUCGCCCCCUCUCCUCCCCCCGCCCCCCCGGCUCCAUCCUCCGCCGCCGCCGGAGCAGCUGCGGGGCCGCCGCCGCCGCCUUUGCAGGUGCCUUCACAUAGAGACAAGCCACACUUAAUAUGAGAAAGGCUGAGUCAUCACUAGAGAGUGGGAAGGGCAGCAGCAGCAGCAGAGAAUCCAAACCCCAAAGCUGAUACCACAAAGUAGCAUUUCUCCAAGUUGGGGGCUCAGAGGGGAGCCAUCAUGAGCGAUGUUACCGUUGUGAAAGAAGGCUGGGUUCAGAAGAGGGGAGAAUAUAUAAAAAACUGGAGGCCAAGAUAUUUCCUUUUGAAGACAGAUGGCUCAUUCAUAGGAUAUAAAGAGAAACCUCAAGAUGUGGAUUUACCUUAUCCCCUCAACAACUUCUCAGUGGCAAAAUGCCAGUUAAUGAAAACAGAACGACCAAAGCCAAACACAUUUAUUAUCAGAUGUCUUCAGUGGACCACUGUUAUAGAGAGAACAUUUCAUGUAGAUACUCCAGAGGAAAGGGAAGAGUGGACAGAAGCCAUUCAAGCUGUAGCAGACAGACUUCAGAGACAAGAAGAGGAGAGAAUGAAUUGUAGUCCAACUUCACAAAUUGAUAAUAUAGGGGAGGAAGAGAUGGAUGCUUCCACAACCCAUCAUAAAAGAAAGACAAUGAAUGAUUUUGACUAUUUGAAACUACUAGGUAAAGGCACUUUUGGGAAAGUUAUUUUGGUUCGAGAGAAGGCAAGUGGCAAAUACUAUGCUAUGAAGAUUCUGAAGAAAGAAGUUAUUAUUGCAAAGGACGAAGUGGCACAUACUCUAACUGAAAGCAGAGUAUUAAAGAACACUAGACAUCCCUUUUUAACAUCCUUGAAAUAUUCCUUCCAGACAAAAGACCGUUUGUGUUUUGUGAUGGAAUAUGUAAAUGGGGGAGAGCUGUUUUUCCAUUUGUCGAGAGAGCGGGUGUUCUCCGAGGACCGCACACGUUUCUAUGGUGCAGAAAUUGUCUCUGCUUUGGACUAUCUACAUUCCGGAAAGAUUGUGUACCGUGAUCUCAAGUUGGAGAAUUUGAUGCUGGAUAAAGAUGGCCACAUAAAAAUUACAGAUUUUGGACUUUGCAAAGAAGGGAUCACAGAUGCAGCCACCAUGAAGACAUUCUGUGGCACACCAGAGUAUCUGGCACCAGAGGUGUUAGAAGACAACGACUAUGGCCGAGCGGUGGAUUGGUGGGGCCUGGGGGUUGUCAUGUAUGAGAUGAUGUGUGGGAGGCUACCUUUCUACAACCAGGAUCAUGAGAAACUUUUUGAACUAAUACUAAUGGAAGACAUUAAAUUUCCUCGAACACUCUCUUCAGAUGCAAAAUCACUGCUUUCAGGGCUCUUGAUAAAGGAUCCAAAUAAACGCCUUGGCGGGGGCCCAGAUGAUGCAAAAGAAAUUAUGAGGCACAGUUUCUUCUCUGGAGUCAACUGGCAAGAUGUAUACGAUAAAAAGCUUGUACCUCCUUUUAAGCCUCAAGUAACAUCUGAGACAGAUACCAGAUAUUUUGAUGAAGAAUUUACAGCUCAGACUAUUACAAUAACGCCACCUGAAAAAUAUGACGAGGACGGCAUGGACUGCGUCGACAACGAGCGGCGGCCGCACUUCCCUCAGUUCUCCUACUCUGCCAGCGGCCGCGAGUAAGGCCCGCCCUGCUCCUUCACGGU